AUGGCAAAUUCUAUAGAUCAACUUUGUAUCAAUACUAUUCGUACUCUUGCUCCUGAUAUUGUUAGUAAGGCAAACUCUGGUCAUCCCGGUACGCCUAUGGGUUGUGCACCACUUGCUCAUGCGCUUUUCUCGAAGUUUAUCACUAUUAACCCCAAAAAUCCAAGCUGGAUAAAUAGAGAUCGUUUUAUAUUAUCAAAUGGUCAUGCAUGUGUUUUACACUAUAUAUUGUUACAUGUCCUAGGUUUUGACCUUACCAUGGAUGAUCUAAAACAGUUUCGUCAAGUAGAUAGCAAAACGCCUGGUCAUCCUGAAUGUCAUUUAACACCUGGUAUCGAAACAACCACAGGUCCUCUUGGACAAGGAUUCGCUAAUUCGGUUGGAUUGGCUAUUGCACAAACACAUUUUGCUGCGACUUUUAAUAAAGAAUCAUUUGAUUUGUUUACGAAUCAUACUUUUGUAAUUGCUGGUGAUGGAUGUCUUCAAGAGGGUAUUAGUUCUGAAGCAGCUUCACUUGCAGGUCAUCUUAAGCUUGGAAACUUGAUCGUAUUUUACGAUGAUAACCAUGUCUCUAUUGAUGGUAACACUGAUAUAGCAUUUACCGAAGAUGUAGUUAAACGAUUUGAAGGAUAUUGUUGGCAUACACAAUUUAUUGAGGAUGGCGAUAAUGAUUUUGCCGGAAUUUGCAAAGCAAUAGAGAAUGCAAUGAAUGUUAAAGACAAGCCUUCCUUGAUUAAAAUCAGAACUACAAUUGGUAUUGGUUCUAAAGAUCAAGGCACCGGAAAAGUUCAUGUGGGUAAGAGGGGUGUUGAUGCUGACGAAAAUUGGAAUAAACUUUUUAAAAGUUAUUGUUCGAAAUAUCCUGAAUUGGGAAAUGAAAUCAAAAGAAGAUUUUCAGGUAAAUUACCAGAGGGUUGGGCAGACAAUUUACCUAGAUAUAAACCAUCUGAUCCUGACCUAGCUACUAGAAAAUUGUCAGAAAAAGUCUUGGAUAAAAUUGCUGAUGUUUUACCAGAAUUAAUUGGUGGAUCAGCAGAUUUGACUGAAUCUAAUUUGACACGUUGGAAAACAGCUGUGGAUUUUCAACCUGAUGAUAGUGGCUUGGGGAAUUAUGCAGGUCGAUAUAUUAGAUACGGAGUUCGUGAGCAUGCUAUGAGUGGUGCUAUGAAUGGUUUGACUGCAUAUGGCGGUAUAAUUCCAUUUGGCGGGACAUUUUUGAAUUUCAUUAGUUAUGGUUUGGGUUCUGAUGGUCCUACUCACCAACCAAUUGAAACUUUGGCUAGCCUUCGUGCAUUACCAAAUAUAUUAAUAAUACGCCCUGCAGAUGGUAAUGAAGUUUCAGGUGCUUAUUUAGCUGCAAUACAAAGAUCAAAUUGUCCAUCAGUACUAGUUCUUUCUCGUCACAGUAUUCCUCAAUUGGAAGAUACUUCAGUUGAAAAAGUUCUUAAAGGCGGAUAUGUCUUGAAAGAAUGUGACAAUGCGCAAAUCACUUUAGUUGCAACGGGAUCAGAAGUAUCACUUAUCGUUGACACAGCCAAAUUACUAGAAAAAGAUCAAAUCAAUACUCGUAUUGUAUCUUUACCAUCGUUUGAAUUAUUUGAAGAACAAACUAAGGAAUACCAAUGGUCAGUUCUACCUGAUGGUAUUCCUAUAUUAAGUGUUGAGGCACUUUCUACAUUUGGUUGGACCAAAUAUGCUCAUGUAAAUUUUGGUAUGAAAUCAUUUGGCUCUUCUGGGCCUUAUAAAGAAGUUUUCAAAAAAUACGGCUUUGUGCCAGAAAAAAUUGCAACUAUGGCAAAACAAACUAUAGAUUUCUAUAAAAAUAACCAUAUUCCCUCUGUAAUUGAUAAACCUUUGAUUUAG